AUGAACCAGAUCCAGGAAACGAUCCGGGAGUCUGUCCGCGUCCUGGACACCCAUUGGUUCACGGAACUAAUGCCGACGGUCCCACAGGUUUCUGGGGCUUUUGGCAGCUUCAUUAUGCUGCCAAGGUGGGCAUUGCAGGGUGACAAAAAGGCGGUGGUCUUGGAUGCGUCGGGCGUUGAUAAGGGAACUUUCGUCUUUUAUAUCAGCGCCCCCAUCACCCGCUUCGCAGUGUUGCAGCAGCUUGCCCUGGACGCCGCGAUGGAGAUAGAUGUCUUUGUUGGCGGGUCGUUUGCCCCCCUCCAAGAAGAUGAAGGGCAGAACCCCUCCAAUGGAUGCCUCGUCAAGGUGUUACGGAGAGGGGAGGUCGUUGACUGGCAGGGCAGGCUCGAAGACCGAUUGCAGGACCCGGCCUUAUGGAACCCGGAAGUUGAGCAUCCGGCGCAUGUGGGUAGCAGAUUCAUCGAGUUUCAAACCGUCGAGGAGACGCACCUGCACUCACUCCAAAGACAAUGGGAGGAAGGGCCGAAGAAUGUCGCUGUGCGGACAUUUGGCCUCGACCCGGACAGUGUGUGGCUGAGAUCGCCCCGGGAUCGGCCCAAGCGUCUUUACAAGACGGGACACCGAGUGUACUCCCUCGUGGCCGUACUUAAUGAAAGCUGCCACCACCAAGCCACAACUUCCGUUGUCUUCUUUGACUUGCGGCCAAUUGGACAAUGGGUACAGUGGUUGGCGGUUGAGGGUGAGCGGGUCCACCCUGGAGAAUACCUGGAGGGGCUUCAGUUGCCUGUCUAUGAGGGCUUCACCCUGGUGGUGUAUGGUGGCCAAAGCCAAGGCGAGCAAGGCUACCUCACGAUUCAGGACGGAGAAGUGCUUGAGGUGCACCUCCAGCCUGAGAUGGAGUUGGCGGCCAACAGCCCGGCCUACAGCGUGGUGAGACCACCUACGCCACGACAGAGUGGGCCCCCUCAAGAUGGCGACGUGGAGACGUGGGCCACGGGUCAAAGAACUGUGAGGGAUAUUGGCCGACAUGUCACCAUCUGGGUGGCAGCACCGUAUUAUGAGGCGGAGGUGCUCGAUGUGGACCUCCCAUUGCCCCUGCGGAUGCCUUCUUUCAGGGAUGCCAUCAGAGGAGCGCUUAAGGUGAUACCUGAUGCCCUGGAUGACUAUGUGGCCACUGUCCCUCAGAUAGACGGACACUAUGCCAGCUUUGUCGCCCAGCCCCUCUGGCUGGAGGAUGCGGGAAGGUUUAUGUUGAUUAUGGACACCAGGCCGAUGGAGGGAACAGUGUUUGCUUUCUUCACUGAUGCACCAUUGGACCGGCAAACCAUAGUCAGCAACCUCCCCGACUAUGAGGAUGUUGCCUUCGACAUCUACUACUUCGGGGAGCACCAGCCGCUUGCAACUGGAGUGGCCGUCCAGCCCAUCCCUGGUGGUGUUGUCAGGAUA